AUGUGCGUCACUCCAUUCUAUUCACCAGAUCUGUGUUCAUCAUACUCCACAGUGUCCGUCCCAUUUGCACACAUAGAUGGCAAGUCAUCCCACAAGUUCAAGUCUGCCCUCUUCAUGGGCACAUGUCAGAGCGCGCUCAGUUCUGUGUCCGCUCUGCUGUAUAUCCUCCUCCGUCGCAAGUCCACAGAUACCCUCUCCAAAAGCCUCGGUCUCGAGCACACAGAACCAGUGGCAGUUAAUGGUGCUGCCAACGGGAACGGCAAAGCUAACGGAAAGCACCACCACGACAAGCCCUCUACGCGUUUCUCCACCAAGGCACUUCUGCUUCGAUACCUUCAGUGCUCUGUCUUCAUAACCUCUGCCGCACCCUUUGGCUUCGCCGCUCUCUCCUACAUUUCAUACCCCGCUAUGGUCCUCGGCAAGUCGUGCAAGCUCGUCCCCGUCAUGAUCAUGAACGUCCUGCUCUACCGCCGCAAGUUCGCGCCCCACAAGUACCUCGUCGUCCUCAUGGUCACCACCGGCAUCACCAUCUUCAUGGGCAUGGGCGACGACAAGAAAAAGUCCAAGUCCCAUGGUGGCGGCAACGGCCAGGCACAGACGCCCUACGCCAAUCUCAUCGGCAUAUCCUACCUCCUCAUCAACCUCGCCCUGGACGGCGCCACCAACUCUACCCAGGACGAAAUCUUCACAAGGCACAAAGUCACCGGCCAGCAGAUGAUGUUCUGGAUCAACAUCUUCUGCACCCUCCUCACCUCCAUUCUCUCUGUUCUCCCUCUGCCAUAUAUCCCUGUCAUCCACCCCUCGGAGGACGGACAAUCGGAACUCGUUGGCGCACUCACCUUCAUUUCAGAGCACCCGUCUAUCAUUGUACCUCUUGCUCAAUUCGCUCUCACCGGUGCUCUAGGUCAACUAUUUAUCUUUGAAACACUCCAACAUUUCGGAUCAUUGACAUUAGUUACGAUAACCUUAACUCGUAAAUUAUUCACCAUGCUACUGUCCGUGGUUGUUUAUAACCAUACCCUCACCAUGGGCCAAUGGCUGGGCGCAGCUGUUGUAUUCGCUGGAAUAUCCGUGGAAGCGUUCGUCAAACGCAAAGAUGUCCACGCAAAACGCGUUAUUCAGGAAAAGGAAAAGGCUAAGAUAAAAUCAUUGUAA